GUCCAACACGUUUCCACUAUCAUCAUCUUUUUAAACCCCCUCCUUUCACUCCACCACCACCAACACUACCAAAAAAUGUCAUCACAAAAAAUCGAAUCACACCGUGACAACGCCGAAACAUACACAAACGAAUCACAAUGCAAACAAAAAACAAUCGAACUCUUAACAAAAUUCUCCUUACCAAAAGGCCUCAUCCCAAUGACUGACGUCACAGAAGUAGGCCACAAUCCAUCAACUGGGUUCGUGUGGGUCCGCCGGAAAAAGAAAACCCAACAUUUAUUUUCUAUGAUUAGUCGAAAAGUGUCGUAUGAUUGCGAAGUUACGGCGUUUAUUGAACCGGGUCGGAUGAGGAACUUGACUGGUGUGAAAAGUAGGGAGCUUUUGAUUUGGGUUACAAUUUCGGAUAUUUCUGUUGUUGGAGAUACUGGAAAGAUUACGUUUGGUACCCCGACCGGGUUGUCGCGUACGUUUCCUGUUUCGGCUUUUGAUGGUGAUACUAAUAAUGAUGACGAGAUUUGAUUUGAUAAUGUUUUUGUGUUGUUUUGAAUGUUUUUUGGUUUUGUUUUGUGUGUGUGAUGUGUAAUUGAGACGUGCCAAGUUUUAUUGUAUGUAGGAUGAUUAUGAUUAUGAAAUGUUACUUAUGUCUUUAUAUAAAUUCGAUAUUUUCUGCAAUUUA